UCCCCUCCAUCCCCCUCCUCGCCAUCAUGGCUGAGCCAACCUGGCAGGAAACACUACGCCUGCGGCUCGUCGAGCGCAACGCUCGCGAGUCAUCGUACGCGCCGGUGAUCGAACAAUAUCGCAGAUUGGCGCAACAGACGAAGCUGCUGAAGGAGCGCAAUGCGUCUCUACUACGCGCGAUGGGCUCCGCCCGGCCAAAUCCUAGCAGUUCCACCGUGUUCGUUCCUGGCACGGGCGAAGACAACCCCGUACGCGCCGCGUAUAUCGCCUCCCUGGAGUCACAGAUAUCGUCAUUGCGAGACGAGCUUGCGACGGUGUACAAGACGCAAGGUCAGAACGCGCAGCGGUUGCUCGCAAUGAACGAGACCCUCCGCGAGAAGGAAGAGAUGUCGCGCGUAGACUCGGAGAGCCUGAGGAAGUCACGCGACGAGAUUGCUAUACUCCGCAAAAAGGUCGAGCAACACAGCGAGCUGAUGUCAGAGAAGGAUAGGACGGCCCAGAUCCUCCAUGACGAGAUCAACACGCUCCAACUGGAACUCAGCCAAAUCGAGGAACGCAAUCAGACGCUCACGAAGGAUAACGCAAAGUUGUUGCAGCGGUGGUUGGACGCGAAGCAGGCGGAGGUGAAUAGGAUGAACGAGGCGAACGAUUUCUACGAGGACUUGCAGACGCGGCGACAGGCAGCUCUGAACAAGCAAGCGGGGGCGAAUGGAGACGAUACGGGGGACGCUGCCUCGACGACCACCAACGGGUCGGGAAACGGGGAGGACAGGAGGGAGACGGGAGCAACGACGACGACGGAUGGGACGCCAUCUCUGGCGGAGACGGACGUGAAUCUGACACCGAAUGGCUAAUGGUGGACGACUGAGACGUGUGUUUCCCUCUUACUACCUCACAAUUAUCUUCCCCGCCCCCUUCUUACACUCUUCUUUGGGAUACCCAGCAUUCUAGAUAUCCUACGCUUUGCCUACGGUUUCUCCAGACGUAAUCAUCCUAGCGUCCCUCCCUAUCUGCGGCUCGAGGCUGCUAAUUGCGCUGCCGUUCUGAAGGAUGUACUCUUUGUUGUGCGUUAUAUAUUCGCUUUCUGGACUACUACCUGC